GAUAAAGUUGAUAAAUAUAUUUAUUUUAUGUCUAAACAAUAGCAGUUAUCGUUUGAAUUUAUCUGCAUAUCCUCGUGACCAAAACAUUCGAAAAAUCCCUUGGCAACCGGCCGACGCGUCAGCACUUGUGACGUCACAGUCUCCCACAGCCUAUAAAUGGAACCCCGCGAAAACUGAAGUUCAGUUCAUCUGUUUCUGCUGCAUCAGUCGGUCUGACUCUAGUACUGUAGUACAUCUGUGGUGAAAGUCGCUCAAAUUGUGUUAUAUCACUCGGUCUGUGUGUGUUAUAUCACUUGAUUUGUAGUUUUUCACUGAUCUGUGUGCUAUAAAAGUUAAAUCGAUUUGUGAUAAAGUUUGUGACAGAACAUCAGCGAGACAUCUGACGCAAUGGGGCAGUGCGCAUCUCACAGCUGCGUUGCGGUCCAUGAUCCUUCUGCAUGUAUGUCACCAACACCUGUCCCUGAGAGAGUAGAAAAGAAGAAGAGAGGGAGGCUGUUUAGAUGGUGUUUUUCUAGGAAAUCCAAGAAAACGCCCAUCGAAGCCCAACAGGGUCAGAGCAGAAAUUGCAGGAACCAAAAAUCUCAGAGAUGCUCUGAUGGUGAAGAUGAACAGAAGAACAACACCCAGAGCAUCAACAUUUCCAAUGAGAAUAACAUUGUACAUUCACUGGACAAAGCUGAAGAGAGCAGUGACACUAACAGUUCAGCGUUCAGCCAUGUGUCCUCCUUCAGCGGUGUGAGGGUAGUUAAAGUAGAUGUGCAUAGAGCUGAAGACAGCAGCGCCACUACACUGCACAGUCAUGUGUCUUCCUUCAGCGCUGUGGAGAAGGUUAACGUAGAUGUUCCUAAAGCUGAAGAAAACAGCAACACUGCAGUGUACAGCUGGCACAGCUGUGUAUCUACCCUCAACACUGUGCAGGAGGUUGAUGCUCUCAGACCAGAGCAAGAGGAGACCAACAUGAACAACAGUACUUCUCCAACUGUGUCAUCCAACGUGAACAACAGUAAUUCUCCAACUGUGUCAUCCAACGUGAACACCAGCACUUCUCCAACUGUGUCAUCCAACGUGAACAACAGUACUUCUCCAACUGUGUCAUCCAACGUGAACAACAGUACUUCUCCAACUGUGUCAUCCAACGUGAACACCAGCACUUCUCCAACUGUGUCAUCCAACGUGAACAACAGUAAUUCUCCAACUGUGUCAUCCAACGUGAACACCAGCACUUCUCCAACUGUGUCAUCCAACGUGAACACCAGCACUUCUCCAACUGUGUCAUCCAACGUGAACAACAGUACUUCUCCAACUGUGUCAUCCAACAUGAACAACAGUACUUCUCCAACUGUGUCAUCCAACGUGAACAACAGUACUUCUCCAACUGUGUCAUCCAACGUGAACACCAGCACUUCUCCAACUGUGUCAUCCAACGUGAACAACAGUAAUUCUCCAACUGUGUCAUCCAACGUGAACACCAGUACUUCUCCAACUGUGUCAUCCAACGUGAACACCAGCACUUCUCCAACUGUGUCAUCCAACGUGAACACCAGCACUUCUCCAACUGUGUCAUCCAACGUGAACAACAGUAAUUCUCCAACUGUGUCAUCCAACGUGAACAACAGUACUUCUCCAACUGUGUCAUCCAACGUGAACAACAGUACUUCUCCAACUGUGUCAUCCAACGUGAACAACAGUAAUUCUCCAACUGUGUCAUCCAACAACGUGAACACCAGCACUUCUCCAACUGCGUCAUCCAGUACUAAUGGGGACCUCAGCGCUCCUUUGCUAUCAGACGACAAUUUUUGGAAAACUGAGGAUGAAAUAAUCAAUUUAAGUUCAAAUGCAAAGAGAGGGAACAUCAACGAGGACUAUAAUAUUGGUAGACUUCUGGGUCAAGGAGGAUUUGGAAAAGUGUAUGAAGGAAUACGGUUGUCUGAUUCACGAAAGGUGGCACUCAAAUACGUCUUCAAGAAAGAAUGCUACGAAAAUGAGCGACUUAGUCUAUUUGGCAAACUGCUUCCAAAUGAGGUCGCUAUGAUGAUUCGUGUGAGCGAAGGCCCCAGCGUUCCCCAAAUAAUAAAGCUGCUGGACUGGUAUGAGACACGCACUGACUACAUACUGGUCAUAGAGCGGCCCACGCCUUGCAAAAAUCUGCGGCAGUAUCUAGUGAAAAAUGGUGGCAGAAUCAGCGAGUCAAAAGCACGAGUUGUGAUGCAUCAAGUUGUUACUGCUGCAAGAAUAUGCUUUGAAAGGGGAAUCUUCCACAGCGACAUCAAGCUAGAAAACCUGCUAAUCAAUGAGAACAGCUUGCAGGUCAAAUUAAUCGACUUCGGUGUUAGUAGAAGCUUCAAGACGUUUGGUUAUACGAGGUACUUUGGCACAAAACUUUACGCUCCCCCUGAAGCUUUCCGCAGAAUAAGGAGGUACCACGCCAAGCCGGCAACAGUGUAUUCUUUAGGCGUACUGUUGUUUGCCAUGCUGUUUGGGAAGUACCCUUACAAGGUGAAGCCUGAGGUCAUUGCCGACAUCUUGAGAAAAGCAGGAAUUUCCAAAGAAAGCAAAGAACUGAUAUCUUUGUGUAUGGAGACAGAUCCAACCAAGAGGAUUGACUUGGACAAGAUCCUCGACCAUGACUGGUUCCAAGUUUUGCUCCUGAAGCCGGAGAGUCAAAACGAGGAACCCAUAGUAAGUGAAUUCCCAUGCGUGGAUUCAUGCGUCCUGAGAAAAAGAAAGCUUUGCGUGGAUUCAUGCAACCUGAGAUAUAUUUAAUCCUCGCGUGCUCGGAAAAAAAUCUAUAUAUGUAUAUAGAUGCAAAUACGGGUCCAAGCACAGCUUACAUGCACUUUGGAAAAGAAGAAGAAAAAAGAUUUAUUUCAAAAAAAUAUUUAUAUAAAUUACGGGCGACUGCUGCAUAAAUUUAAACAACAACAUAAAAUCCAGGCCUGGUCCUCUCUCGUCUUGCACUGCCGUCACUCUUUUUAUCCUUCCGGAGCUCCUCCGUGAGACUCGAGACCGGUGUGGUGAGCAGGUGAUGCUCAUUUGCACUCGCUUCGUUCCCACGGCCCCGUCCUGCUUGUCACUUACCCCCUAACCUUUUCCAGCACCUAAGGGUUAGGACAGAUGAGGCGAGAGAGAAGGAGACUGAAGGAUGAGGAGACACAAGCUCACCAGCUGGGUGAACUCCUCCACGAUGCCUGGUGGUGGCGCCAGAUACCACUCGGUGGACGGCAACAACUCCUCCGCUUUGUGCACCCGGCAGUGAGUCCCCCUUUCCCACAGUGGUGAUCGAUCUUUGGCAGUGCGUUCCUCCUUCCUUCUGGGUUUCGGCUCAGGGAAGGAGGAGGAUGGAACCGGC